AUGUUAAUUCUUAUUGCUCUGGUGGUGACGGCGUUGGCUCAACAGCCGCUUUCACUAAAGGAGUAUCUGGAACAGCCGAUACGAGAGGAGGCAGAGAAUCUUUCCGGAGAAGCGUUUGCGGAGUUUCUGAACAAACGACAAUCGUUUUUCACGGCUAAGUACACGCCAAAUGCUUUAAACAUUCUUAAAAUGCGUGUGAUGGAAUCGAGAUUCCUGGACAAUGAAGAAGGUGAAAUGCUAAAAGAGGAGGACAUGGAUUUCAGUGAAGAAAUUCCUGUUAGUUUUGAUGCUCGAGACAAAUGGCCCAAAUGCACCUCCAUAGGAUUUAUCCGUGAUCAAUCACACUGUGGUUCAUGCUGGGCAGUAUCGUCAGCAGAAACGAUGUCAGAUCGACUCUGCGUGCAAUCAAACGGUACAAUUAAGGUACUUCUAUCCGAUACGGACAUCCUUGCCUGUUGCCCGAAUUGUGGUGCUGGAUGUGGAGGAGGCCAUACAAUUCGAGCGUGGGAAUAUUUUAAGAACACAGGCGUUUGCACUGGCGGACUAUAUGGAACAAAGGAUUCCUGCAAACCAUACGCUUUCUAUCCAUGCAAAGACGAAAGUUACGGAAAGUGCCCCAAGGAUCCUUUUCCAACACCAAAAUGUCGAAAAAUUUGUCAGUAUAAAUACAAUAAGAAAUACGCCGACGACAAAUACUACGCGAAUUCCGCAUAUCGAAUUCCACAGAAUGAGACGUGGAUCAAAUUGGAGAUCAUGAGAAACGGGCCUGUGACAGCAUCAUUCAGGAUUUAUCCGGAUUUUGGGUUUUACGAAAAAGGAGUUUAUGUGACUUCAGGCGGAAGGGAACUAGGUGGGCACGCGAUUAAAAUCAUUGGAUGGGGAACGGAAAAAGUAAACGGAACUGACCUACCUUACUGGUUGAUUGCUAACUCUUGGGGUACUGACUGGGGAGAGAAUAACGGCUACUUCCGCAUACUUCGCGGACAAAAUCACUGCCAAAUAGAACAGAAAGUUAUCGCCGGCAUGAUAAAAGUACCACAACCGAAAUCCGCCGGUCCACCACUUCAACCCAAUCCUUCAAGCUGA